AUGGCUGGCACAGUCAUCCUCACCGGAGCCAACGGCUCCCUGGCCCUUGGAUUUAUCCAGUCUCUCUUGGCCCAGUAUCCUCACCACACAUUGAUCGCGGCCGUGCGAAAUCCGUCCCCGGAGAAGGAUUCCAACACGGCCCAACUCGUGCGCCUGACCUCGAAAUAUCCCCAGGCCAAAGUUCUGGUUGAGGCUCUCGACUUGGGCCGGCUGUCCAACGUGCGGUCCUUUGCGGAAAGCGUUUCUCGGCGGGUGUCGGCCGGUGAACUCCCGCCCAUCUCGGCCAUUGUCUGCAACGCCGCCACCCUCUCGCUCGAGUCCGGGCUCAAGUUCACGCCGGACGGAUACGAAGCAAGCUUCCAGGUCUGCCACCUGUCACACUACCUUCUCGUGUUGAAGCUUCUCGGCAGUCUGGAACCGGACUCCGGACGCGUCGUCUUCAUCGGCUCGGUCGUGCACUACCCCGAGAAGCCCAACCCGCUGUCUUCCCUGCGUCCCGGGCUCCCAGACAGCAUCGACGAGCUUGUCAAACCGCUCCCGGAUAACCCCAAGCUCGUCCACGACAGAGGGUUCCAGCGCUACGGCACAGCCAAGCUCGCGAACGUCAUGUUCGUAAACGACCUCAACAAGCGGCUGCUGGCGGAUCCCAAGCUGAGCAAAAUAACCGCCACGGCCAUGGACCCGGGCGGGCUGACCUCGUCGCGCGCCCAAGCGGCGCAGAAGAAAUCGGUGCGCCGCCUCAUGGCCACGCUCGACUUCUUCAUGCCCGUGCUGAAGCACCUCACCAGCACGCUGCGCACGACCGAGGACGCGGGCCGGGACCUCGUCGCCGUGAGCGUCGGGGCUGCGUUCCGCGGCAAGAGGGGGUACUAUGUCGGGCUGAGGGAGGAGGCGCCCGCGGCGGUCAGCAGGGACGAAGGGGAGCAGCGGAGGCUGUGGGAGGGGUGCUGGCGGUGGGCGGGGAUGCGGGCUGAGGAGACGGCGCUGCAGGCGUGGAAGUGA